AAUAGCAAUUAAUAAGCUUUCGAUAAUAUAAUUUGCGAUUAAUCAAAAAGCUACACCGUUUGAACGAAUGAUUCGUUUGCCCGUAACAAAUUACAAUUACUGAUAAUAUUGUUUUUCUCCUGUGUGUAAAUGCUAUGUGACAGCACGUGUGAGACGAAGGAACGGAUUAUUGCGUAAUUGAUAGAAGAUACAGAUAUCAUGACAACUUUAGAUCCGAGUGACAUAAAAGUUCUGAAAAGAGAGCUUCACAUUCCAACUCUUGAUGAAGUGAAAAAUGUGUUCAUAACUGCUUUGAAAGAAAAUUUUGCCGAGGCUGAAGUUGAAGUUGUUGAUUGUCCAGAUUUGACAGAAGAGCCUUUCACCUUGGCCUCGCAAGGUUUGGGUGGUAGAUUAAAUAUUGUUGAAGUUGGUGGACCACCUUAUCUUCUUCCUAAAGUUAACAAGACUAAAGUCUAUGAUAUUCAACCUCUACUCAAGCAGUUUAAGUAUGGAGAUAGAGCAUUUAUUGCUGGUGCAGGUGCUGGACCUUGGCCUUACUUGAACUGUAAUAGUGAGUUGAUGAUGAAUGUCAUGAUUGACUGUGCUAAAAUUAAGAAUGGUACACGAGUUGCUUCAGUAAACAAGAAAGAUCAAACUUGUGUCCUGGGAACAUUGAAAGGAAAUGAAACCAGAUUUGCUCUUCUUGCAAAUUUGUUUAUGUGUGAAGGUAUUCCUGGUAAAGUUUUAAAAGUAUAUGCCAAAAAAAGAAUUGGCAAGAAAGACUUUAUCUCUACUAUGCAGGAAGCUUUAGCAGAGCAUUACCAAGAUAAACUUGUUGGUUUGGGAGGAACUUUUCUGAUAAAAGAAGGCAAAGCCAGACAACAUGUAAUGCCAAACUUUUCUGAUAAACCAUUGAACAGUGUAAAAGAAUUAGACAAUUGGCUACAAUUUUAUGAAAUGUCUGCACCACUUGUUGCAGUUGGUACUUUUGUCUCUGCAGAAACGGAUUUAGAUUUGAGAGUACAACACUUUCACAGCUUUUCUCAUCAUGGUGAAGGUGGACACUAUCAUAUUGAUACAACACCAGAUGACGUCGAAUAUCUAGGCUACUUUAACCUUGGUGAAUCCUUGUACAGAGUAGAUCAACCACCUAACACACUCCAGUUUGGAAAAGACUAAGCACCUUGUAUUAUUAAUAUGUUAAGUUUUUUAAAUUUUAUCUCAUAAAUAAUUAUAAAUGGUUCAGGUGAUUAGGUGAUACAAAUCUAAAGUGCCUAAAAUGUCAUUCCAUACACAAGAAUUCUAGAAAAACUGUGAUUAUACCAGUCUGAGGUGUUAUAUAACGCCAAUGUUUGCAACCAAACGGAAAAUAAAAUUUCUUAU